AGUACAUAGUUUCUACUUUCGGUUUGAUAUGAGUUACCUUCUUGACUCUCUCGAGACAAAAGAGGACAUUGACAGAGCUAUAACAAAGACUACUGAUAUUGUGUUGGUACUGAGAUUUGGGAGGAAUGAAGACUCAACAUGUUUACAGCUGGAUCAUUUGCUUGCCAAGUGUGCAGCAGAGCUUGCCAACAUGGCGCGGAUCUUCAUUGUUGACGUCGACAAGGUUCCAGUGUAUACCAAGUAUUUUGACAUCACCCUGAUUCCCUCCACGGUCUUCUUCUUUAAUGCUCAGCACAUCAAGGUUGAUUGGGGCACACCAGAUCAUACCAAAUUUGUUGGAAGUUUUCGGAACAAGCAGGAUUUGAUCGACGUGGUAGAAGUUAUUUACAGAGGAGCAAUGAAGGGCAAGGUCAUUGUAACUAGUCCUCUUGACCCAGCAAAUGUACCAAAAUACGAACUUAUAUACAAGGAUAUCUGAAGCAAGUGAUGUUAAUAGCAACCUACCGAAAUACUAAUUUGCACAGGCAUCUGAAGCGAGUUGUAUCAGUAACCUACCCAAAUACAUACUCAUAUACAAGGACAUCUGAAACAAGUGAUAUCAGUAACCUGCCCCCCCAAAAAUACUCUAUAGAAGGACUUCUGAAGCGAGUCAUAUUUGCUUGCUUAUCAAGCAUGUGGUAAAUAGCUCAAUUAAGCUUGUGACUGGGUUAUUGAGCAAAACAUCAGUCAACAAACAGUGCACUAAAACUAGAGACUUGAAGUCCUCAGAUUAUGCUUUAGUAUGUGAGCAUGUGGACAUGAAUGCAUGUUAGGUUGUAUUUUUACCAGAGUAUGACAUGCGCCAUGGGGGGGGGGGUGUCUCCCAUCCUUAAAAACUCAAAUUUCUUAAAUAUUAUAUACAUAGUGUAAUUACCUAAAAAAUGCCUUGGACCACCUUGGCAAACUUCAUUUACCCACCGGUACCCCUCAGACCCCCUCUCCCUCCCCAGAAAAUUUUUCUGAUCAGUGCAUGAAUGUGUAAAACUUAUUUACCUUAUGCAUAUGAACAAAAUUUCAACAAUUACAUGUACUGUACCUGCUUUUAUUUAGUUGUUUCGAAGAUAAUAUGCAUUUUGUGUAUUAAAGAUAUCAUUAUAUAAAUAUA